CUAUUAACACCAUUUGUAUUUUUAUUGUAUUUCUUUAUUACAACUGGGAAUGGCACAUGAUAUCCAGUGCAGUUCUGAGUGUGUCCAGUCUAAUAGUGUGGACGAGAGGGCCGCUUGACAAGCUCACGCAAUAGUUCACAGAGUGUUUUGCCAAAUAAUUUUCUUGCUGUCAGUCUUUGGCCGUGACCACUAGGAAAUGACGUCUCUCAAGGACAGAUGUAGUACAUUCCUCAUCGGAGGGUAAAUGAGCACUCUUGUCUGAAGGUCAGUUUCACCCUUUAAAAAAAAAAAAAAAAAAACAUGAUGAUCAUGAACUGUAAACUAUGUGAUAAAAAUGUCUAGUGCUUCAAAGAGGAAACUCUAGGAGAGGAUCACAUUUAUGUAUAGAGCAUGGUCUGCAUUUAGUUGCUAUGGCUGUGCAAACUCCAGCAAACAUAAAUCAGCUGCCAGUCUUGCCAAUCAAAAAAAAAAAAGAAAUUAAACAUUCACAAACCUUACAAUGCUAAGUUGGUGUCAUCUUUUUUUGUAAAGAGGGCUUGGUAUCUGUCUUUCUUCAUCGCUUGUGACAUAAGCAGCUUGGCGGUGUAUAAAAUUAAUGGUAAAGUAAACUUUGCAGUAGCUUCUGUCAGCCCACUUUAGUGCUGCGAUGUUCGGAAGACAGUUUCCUGCAGAGAUGGAUUACUCCAAUAGAAGAAGGUACAGCACUUCUAAAUAUCAGGCCUAUUACAAUCAUGAGAAAGAGGAGAAAACAAAGAAAGAAAUGACAGCCAAGGGCUCCACUGGGAUGGAAGUCAUCCUGUCCACGUUAGAGAGUACUCGAGACCUUCAGACUACUCUGAAUACACUAUACAUUCUAAACGAACUGGUCUCAGUUGGUGGUGGACGGAGAAUCUGCGUUCUGGUGUCAAAGGGAGGGACCCAGAUCCUCCUGCAGCUGCUAAUCAGUGCCAUUAAAGAGUCCCCACCCAGUGAGGAGCUUAUGGUGCAGCUUCAUUGCAUUCUAGCAAAAGUUGGUCCAAAAGACAAAAAAUUUGGUAUCAAAGCCAGACUUAAUGGAGCCUUAAAUAUUACUCUUAAUUUGGUGAAACAGAACUUGCAGAACUAUAAGCUUAUUUUACCUUGUCUGCAAGUUUUACGAGUGUACUCCAGCAACUCUGUAAAUGCUGUGUCGUUGGGCAAAAAUGGUGUUGUGGAGCUCAUGUUUAAAAUAAUUGGUCCUUUCAGCAAAAAGAAUACCAGCCUUCUAAAGGUUACUCUGGAUACACUGGCAGCUUUAUUGAAGUCAAAAACCAAUGCUCGAAGGGCAGUAGACAGAGGCUGUGUCACUACACUGCUAGCAAUUUACCAGGACUGGCAUCGGGCUGACACUCGUCAUAGGCACAUGCUCAUUCGAAAAGGAAUUCUAGGUUGCAUCAAAAAUAUUACAAACAUAAAGCUGGGCAGAAAGGCAUUCAUCAAUUCAGAUGGCAUGAGAACAUUGUAUAACAUCUCUCAAGACUGCCUGCCAGUAAGGGCCUUGGAUCCACUGAUUAACACUUCUACUCUUAUCAUGAGAAAAUGUUUCCCCAAGAAUCGCCUUCCGGUUCCUACAAUAAAAAGUGUUUUCCAUUUCCAACUACCUGUUGUUCCAGCCAACGGCCCUGUGGCACAGAUCUACAGUUUACCUCCAGAGGUGGAUGAUGUAGUGGAUGAAAGCGAUGAUAACGAUGACACUGAAGCUGAAACUGAGAAUGACGAUGAUGAGAAGGACCAAAAUUUAAAGAAUGAUGAUAUUGAAACUGAUAUGAACAACCUGCGACCAAAGCAGGACCUUAGCCGACCAUUUGAAGAAUUAAAAAUAUAUGAGCGUUUUUUCCCAGAACUUACUGAAGACUUCCAGGGCUAUGACUUCGGUGCAGAGUCAUCCAGUAAAAGCAUGCCAGUAAUGAAACCAAAAGAUCCAGUCCCCAUAGUUGUACCCACAGCAGGGGAAGGACAGUCUGCAGACCUCUGUAGCACAAAGAAAGAAAAAACCCUAUUGAGAAAGGAAGAACAGACAAAACAGACUGCUUCCCGGGCCGGGGACUUUGAAAACCAACUGGCGCCCUUGGACAUUAACAGCUUAAAAAUCACAAAGAAUGAUGCUGACAUGCAGGCAAAUAAACUGCUCCCUUCCCAGUGCCUAAAGCCUGAGCUACACAGGAAGAUGGACAGAUUGAAUCUAGAAGGGGAGAGUGCCUCAAAAAAUCUUAAAAACUGUAAUUAUGCCUUUGUGAAUGGACAGAAAAACAAAGGUGGACUUCAGCGCACUGCCAGCAGUAAAGGUUGCCAUCAGUUCUCUGGAAGUAGUGAGCCUUUACCAGAGUACGGGUCCUCUCCGCUGUGCUGCCCCGGGGUGGAGGCUGAUCAUGACGAUGAUUCCUCAGGAGAGCAAGGCGUGCUGGAAGUACCAGACACAGCAGCUUUCCUACCUUUACAUGACCCGGAGCUCUACAUUGAAACUGUUAAAAGCACCAAAUCAGUUCCUGAAUACACUGAAGUAGCCUACCCUGAUUAUUUUGGUCAUAUUGCACCAACUUUUAAAGAGUAUACCUUAGAACGACUGUAUGGAGUACAGAGAACCAAAAUCUUCCAGGAUAUUGAGAGACUAAUCCAUUCCAAUGACAUCCUUGAUAAAGUUGUGUAUGAUCUCGAUUUAUCUAGCUGCCCUAUUAUUGAUGAUGGAGAGUCCUUGAAAUUUAAUUCACAGUUUGAAUCUGGGAAUGUACGUAAAGCAAUUCAUGUUAGAAAGUUUGAGUAUGAUCUUAUACUGAACUCUGAUGUUAACAGCAACCAUUACCACCAGUGGUUUUACUUUGAGGUAAGCGGAAUGCGGAGUGGCGUUCCCUACCGCUUCAACAUCAUCAACUGUGAGAAGUCCAACAGCCAGUUUAACUACGGAAUGCAAGCUUUAAUGUAUUCGGUCCAGGAAGCAUUAAGCGGUAGGCCACGGUGGAUUCGCACAGGAACGGACAUCUGUUACUACAAAAACCACUUUUCCAGGAGUUCCAUUGCGGCUGGGGGUCAGAAAGGAAAGUCUUACUAUACUAUCACAUUUACGGUGACCUUCCAGCAUAAGGAUGAUGUCUGUUACUUUGCUUACCACUAUCCAUAUACCUAUUCUACUUUAAAGAUGCAUCUUCAGAAGCUGGGGUCCAUGCACAACCCUCAGAUUUACUACCGACAAGAUGUGCUUUGUGAGACCCUAGGUGGAAACAGCUGCCAUGUCUUGACUAUAACAGCGAUGCCAGAGUCCAAGUGUUACGAACAGAUCUGUCAGUUCAGAAAUCGGCCCUACAUUUUUCUCAGUGCUCGUGUACAUCCUGGGGAGACUAAUGCAAGCUGGGUGAUGAAAGGAACUCUGGAGUUCUUGAUGAGCAACAGUGCCAUGGCUCAGAGCCUACGAGAAUCGUACAUUUUCAAAAUCGUCCCCAUGCUAAAUCCAGAUGGAGUCAUCAAUGGAAACCACCGGUGCUCCUUAAGUGGUGAAGAUCUCAACAGGCAGUGGCAGAGCCCAAACCCUGAUCUUCAUCCCACCAUCUAUCACACCAAAAGCCUGUUGCAGUAUCUAGCUGCAAUACAGAGGACCCCACUAGUAUAUUGUGAUUAUCAUGGUCAUUCACGCAAAAAGAAUGUAUUUAUGUAUGGCUGCAGUAUCAAAGAAACUGUAUGGCAGACUAAUUUGAGUGCUACCUCGUGUGAACUUCAAGAAGACCUAGGAUACAGGACUCUUCCCAGGAUUUUAAGUCAGAUAGCCCCAGCAUUCUGCAUGAGUAGCUGCAGUUUUGUAGUUGAAAAAUCCAAGGAGUCCACUGCACGAGUUGUGGUAUGGCGUGAGAUUGGAGUGCAGAAAAGCUACACCAUGGAAAGCACUUUAUGUGGUUGCGAUCAAGGGAAAUAUAAGGGUCUUCAGAUCGGGACAAAGGAACUGGAGGAGAUGGGAGCCAAGUUCUGUGUUGGGUUGCUGCGUUUAAAGAGAUUGACCUCUCCGAUGGAGUACAAGCAUCCAUCCCACUUCCUGGACUUGGAGAAUGAUUUGAUUGAGUCCAGCUGUAAAGUCACAAGCCCCACCACCUAUGUGCUUGAUGAAGAUGAGCCCCCAUUUCAGGAGGAGGUUGAUUACAGUGCUGAGAGUAAUGAGGAUGCUGAUGUGAACGAGAAUGCUGCUGACAAUGAUCCUUGUACCCAGGAAGACACACUCUCUGACUCCGAGGCAACCAGAGACUACCUACACUGAGCAUUACAUUCAAUGAGAGAUCCGACAGCAACAUGAAAGCAAAUGUUAGUGCUUAAGGAAAUUUGAUUUAUUUAUUUAUACUGGUAGCUUUUACAUUUUUAGCAUUACAUUCUGAUUGCACUUGUUUACUUAAUAUUGCUGCAUGGCUAUCCUGAAUUUAUCUUGUAUGAGUUUGAUAUUUUUCUGCCACGUAUUUGUCAAAGAAAACCUCCGGACUAGCUCAUUGUGCUGUUGUGCAUGUGUUUUUGUGAAGAGUGCACAGUUGUACAGCUUUUUUCUGUAGUAUUCAAAUCAAUGAUGUUAAUCAAAACAUUAAGUAUCUUUAUGUGAUUGUGCUAAUAAAAAAAAAAAUAAUAAUAAUUUGAAACUUGCUCUAAAAUUAUGUGGCACAAAUUAAAUGACCUACAACUUAUUUAUUUUUUUGAAAGCUUGGACAUUAACAUUGUUUCUAUAAUGGUAAUGGGUGAAAAGCAGCAAUACAGUCCUUUUGUUAUGUGCUAAAUAAAUGGUAGAGCCAGGACCAAAACUAUAAGAGAAAAGUCACAUGUUUAACAACAAGGGGAGCAAAAGCAACUCAAACCAAUCCUAAAUCCUUUAAAAAUAAAACACACAGGGAUUUUCAAUGGCUUGUCUAAUGAAAGCGGUGGUUCUAGUCCCAUUCAGGGAUCACUAUGUUGGACUUCGGGUUAGGGAAUAAAAUUAUGGGGAAGAAAAGAAGCAAUCCUCGUAAUGCCCAAUCAUGUCAUUAGCUCAUGAUAUUCAGAACCAUGAUAUAGCAUCACAAGGAAUAUCUGCAGUACUGCAAUUGUGUUCUGUAUCUGAGGUUACUGUAUUGUACAGGGGACUUCAAACAGAAUUGUGUUCAAUGGUAAACACCCAAAAGUAGCAGCAUUUUAGUCCAGCUGUAUCUUAUUCUCCAGCCACAUUGUAUGUUGUCAUCAUCAAUGAGAUAGUAGAUUAAAAAGAGGUCACGAUACUACCUUUACAAGAAUCGGCUCUCCAAAUCAAAAACUUAAGAUAAACAUCAAAAGAAUUGGCUUUCAGGGCACAUAAAUGGUGUGAUGGUGUGUUUUUUUUUUUUUUACUUCUGUGACGAGCUCAAGUUCCUUAAACUUGACAUUGGUUUUGCUCCAGACAUACACUGAGAAAAACAAGUGAGAGGGAUGGCUAUAAAGCUAAUGGGAGGGUCGGUGUUCAAAACAAAGUGGCACAUUCUUGCACGCCCUCAGCAACUGAACUGUAGGAUCAUGAAACUGCGUAAAACUAACCAACAUUGUAGUAAUGUUUUUCGUCUCCCUGUCUCCUACAUAGGGUGGCUAAUUAAUAUGCAUUGAGGACAGUGGGGGGAAAAUAAUAAGUAGAAAUGGUAUGUCGAGAUCCUAAAAAAUUAUCUCAGGAUCUCGACAUUUCAAGAUCAUGAGGUGAAUUAUCACAGGAUCUUAACAUUUCAAGAUCAUGAGAUGAAUUCUCAGGAUCUUGACAUUUUCAAACUGUUAUAUCGAGAUCACAUGAUCAUUUAACUUCACAUAAUGCAUUUUUGUUAAAAAAAAAAUGUCCUCAGUGACACACCAUACUUACAUGAUAAUGACAACCAGACUUCCUUAAACAUCUUACAACCACUACUAACUGCAUUGUUCUGUGUUCCAAUACACUUAAUAUUUGUUUUUCUAACCUCUAGAAUUUCUUCAGCAGCAGUGGCUUUAUAUGCAUGCCCUAUCAUUCCUUUGAUCUAAAAACUUUCAAUAUGAUUCUCAUGCAGGAAAAUCAAAUCAUCAAUAAAAUAUUUAACCAUGUUCUAGCAUGCACUAUACAGUAUGCCUGAUGAUACAAACAUUUUUGAAAAGCAUGCUGCUCCCUUAAGUACAAUUUUCUCUUUUUCCAGUUACGUCUCCUUGGAAAUGAAAGCUUCUUGGGUUAUGGUGGCACCAGUCCCGCUUCUGUAUAUAUCAGAGACUGUGAGACUAUGGGGCUACUUCUGCUGUAGUUAAACUGCAUUGUAAUUGCCCAGAACGAGGUGUAUUUCAUUCAUGAUUGCACCCAAAUCAUAAUGUGUAUUUCAUACAUUUUACACUGGAGCUUAAACUCUUAAAACAGGCCCUGGACUUCACCUGUGUUGUGAAGUAUUGUUAAGACACAGCAUGGGUUAAAGCAUGGCAUUGUGUCUGCCACUUGCAACUAUGGAUGCAACGUGUCUCUCCGGCAUGCAUUCUUUGUUUGACAGACCUGCUUGUCCUCAGCGUGUCACAACAACAAUUUCUGAGGAACUGCUCUCAAAAUGAUUUACAUGAUUAGAGGGAGGCAGCAAGCACAUUAUCUUAUCACAUUAUCAGGUCAGACAAAUUGUAGUGUAACUCAAUACGUGUGGUGUAUGGUUUGUCUUUAGAAAGGCCUUUUUGUGCAGUUUGCACAGUAAAAUGAAGAUAAGCGGUCCUGGAUGCCACAGCUAUGAUUAUGUUUGCAUUUAUCAUGAAAUCCUGUAAGAUUUUGGCCCAAUGCAGAGUACCUAAAUCUUGUCACUCACUGCUAUUGUCAUCCCAGAAGUGCAUGCUCUGUAAUGUCUUGAUAAUCCUUUCUCUGCAAUCUCACAAAGAUAUUUGUGUGAACUUUGUAAAGUAGCUUUUUACUUAUUGUAGAAAAGAAAUACAAAGGAAAAAUUCAAAGAGGAAUACCACAGGUUUAAUAACACAAAACUUGCCAAAAAGUCUCAGGACAAUAAUAUAAUUUGUCAUGAUAAAAAAAAAAGAACAUGAUAAUGUGUGUUUAACACUGUAAUUUGAUAUUGAUGACAUAAUUAGAAGUAUUUCUUCUUACAGUAAGUGCUCCUACAUGCCCUUGUGGAAUAAUAUUCCUACCAAUAUGUUUUAAAACAAUUUAACGUGGAGACGCGUGUAUUUAUUUAGUUUCAUUUAUUUACAUUACCAGCUGCUGUUUAAUGGUGGAACAGCAUCUCAUUUUAAUAAACACUUAAUAAAGUACAUUUUAAACAUUAAACAUGCAGUAGGAUAGAGAAACACUUUACAUUAAUUGUUUUGUCCAAACCAACACCAUUGUUUAAAAUGUUUCUGAACCUAACAGGUGGGAAACUCAUACAAAGCUAUCAGUGGAAACAGAAGCAAAGAUUGAGCCUGGCAGGGUGUACCUGUCAAUCAUCUAUUAGCCAAUGUGCAGUAACCUCAAAGUCAGGUAAAAUAAAACAUGUCUGUUAUCGUCAUGUUAUCUGUGUCGUACCGUUGAGUACACCUCCUCCCCAAGGGGUUUAUCUGUGUUACUAAAACUAUAACUUGGGUAGUCCAUAUCUCUGACCAGUUGUUUGAUAUGAGUAGGUAAUAGCAAUAUCCUUGUUCAAUGAAUGGUUGUAAUUGAAUUUCUUUGGGAUGUGGUAUUACCCUUUCCAAGGAUGAAUCCAGUUCAUGUAAGUCUUGAGUUACAGAUACUUCAAUUCAUCUGAAAACAUACCAUAUUUCUUUAUUAUUACCAAUAAGGCAGUGUAAUGUAUCUGUAAUGAUCUGACUGGUUUCCUUGAACUGAAAUUCAUCCAAGAGAAAGACAAACAUAUACUUGGUGUACAACUGCACAACCUGUGAGUAAAUUAUGUCUAAAAUAAACUAAAAUCUGCAUUAAAAUUCCAGACACAUAUCAUUUGUGGUAUUUUGAUUUUGUAUUUACACAAAUUAUUAUUUAAAGUUCUAGGUACCAGGCAGAGAAUGAUAAUAAAUACAUAAUUAAUACUAAUAGCUUAGUUAGUUUUUUUAAACUUGCAGGAUAGUUUUGAUAUAAAAUAAUCUUAGUGUUCUGUGGCAGCCGGCCAGAACAUUUUUGGAAAGAUAAAUUCACAGGGUACUACACUUGUGUUUUGAAUUAAUUACUAAAAUUGGACUUGUUUCAGAAAACUUUCAGCAGGAACAUACUGUAAUUUAGACUUGAGUGAGGGACAAUCCUCUCCCCUCGUCAUCACACAAACACACUGUGACAGGGUAAAGGAUCAUGUCCCCUGACACUCCAUAUAAAUAUUAUUUGUAUGUGUUAAGCCAGUUAAGCUCCAAGCUUAGAGACCUGGUGCAGUGGUCUUCAGGAGACUUAAUUGGUUAAAUCGCAAAUGUGGAAAGGCAGCACUAGUUGCUCGUUAGAGAGUUAUAAGCUGUUUGAAAUGGACCCUGCUUUCUGGGUUUGAGUGUUAUUAUCUUGUAUUUCCAUGUUCUGCCACUAAGAAGUAGUGACGAUAGCACAAUUAUUUGUCUGUAUUUUUUGUUUUGUUUGUUUGUUUGUGUUUCCCUUGCCUUGACCAUAAAGGUGCAAGGAAGAUAGCACUCUGUAUGUUCCAUUAGCGGCUGACGGCCCAAAAAACGGGAGUCAGAAAAAGGGAAAGGGAUUGGCGUCCCCUGAAGUCCCCAGCAGCAGUACAGUUUUAAUAUUGCAUUCGGACUGACAACACUUCUCAUAGCUUCUUAACAUUUUACCCCAAUUUGGCUGUUAAACGCAUUUUCUCCACUAGCCAACCAAGAAGAUAGUAGCCCAUUA